GUAGCAAAUGGAAACCCAGGGUACCCCGCAAUAGAACAGGGUUUAUUUACUGGAGGAUGCGGAGGCUGGGAGGGCGGCCGAUGGAUAUUGUGCGGGCCGACCCAACAAGGAUCCUUAAAAUCUUUAGCUUAAUAGAGUAAAUACAUCUAAUCGUACAUCUUUUUGUAUGAAUGCGGAAGUACCUGAUAAGAAAUGCCCCGCAGCUGAUUUCAAAACUGCCCCUCCAUCUUCCGCUCUGGAAAGUCUGGACCCCGCGAAAACCCACGCAAUACUUCUGGCCUCCGCCUUGAUCAAGAUUAUCUGCCUCCGUCCGAAUUCAACAUUAAAGUAGAGCAUAUCUGAGAGCAGCGACUUACAAGAGUGCCAAUUUUAGCUUUCCAUAUUCCUUACUUCAACGUCCACCCGACCAUCCCGACCGUCCCUAUCCCAUAAGAAAAAAAAGAAAAAAAGAAAAAAAAAAGAGAUGUCGACGUCCACAACGCCGCAGCUUACGAUUAGGGUCGGCACGCGCAAAUCGAAGCUAGCUCUAAACCAAGCCGACUAUGUCGCAAAUGCCCUGAAGCAACUGCACCCGACCGUCAACUUCGAGAUCAAGGGUAUGCACUCGACGGCGGACAAGGACAAGAUCACGGCGCUGUACAAGUUCGGCGGCAAGGGCCUCUGGACGAACGAGCUGGAAGCCGAGCUCAAGGCCGGCGAGCUCGACAUCAUCGUGCACUCGCUGAAGGACAUGCCGACGACGCUGCCGGAGGGCCUGAUCCUCGCCUGCGUGACGCCGCGCGAGGACCCGCGCGACGUCGUCGUCGUCAAGAAGGGCCUCGAGCACCAGUACAAGAAGCUGGCGGACCUGCCGGCGGGCGCCGUGGUCGGGACCAGCAGCGUCCGGCGGAUGGCGCAGAUCAAGCGACGAUACCCGCACCUGCGGUUCAAGGACAUGCGCGGCAACAUCGACACGCGGCUCCAGAAGCUCGACGCCGAGGACAGCGGGUUCUCCGUGCUGAUCCUCGCCGCCGCGGGCCUGCACCGCACGGGCCAGGAAAACCGCAUUUCGCAGUACCUCGAUAGCACUACCGAAGGCGGCGGGAUGUUGCACGCCGUCGGCCAAGGGGGUCUAGGUAUCGAGGCGCGAGCGGACGAUCAGACGACGCUGGACAUACUAGCGCCCCUUCAAGACUUCAAAGUCAUGUUAGCAGCCGAGGCAGAACGAAGCGUGAUGAGAACGCUAGAAGGCGGCUGCAGUAUCCCCAUCGGCGUGGAGACGAAGUGGGUAGGAGAAAACACGUUAAGAUUGACGGGGACGGUUGUGAACGUCGAGGGCACCGAGGCCGCAGACGCCGAGAAGAUCGAGGAGAUCAAGACGCGGGAAGAGGCCAUCGAGUUCGGCAAGAAGGUCGCCCAGCAGCUGACGGACAACGGCGCGCAAAAGAUUCUAGACGUGAUAAACCAGGACCGGGAGGCUAAUAGAGACAAGGCGGAGCCGUGGGUGCCGGCGUAGAGAUGUCCUGUAGAGCUGUCGAGCAUAUAGAACUGGGACAAAAAUCUACCUAACCUGACCUAAGGUACCUAAAGCUCAUGGGGGAAAACACUGGUGGACGAUGCUUUUAUUUUUUUUUUUUUUAGACUUGAGCCGUCCGUUCUAUGUAACCUUUAUGUAGAAUCUGCGCGCGGAUGCUUUCGC